AUGGCGCGCGCGCGGCGUCGGCGGUGCGUGCGUCCGCGUCCAACUGCUUCGCGGACUUCCGCCGCCCGGGGGCGAUCGAGGGCACUGCGGGUGCGCGACCGCCUGGCGCUGUCCUACUGCGUGGUGCUGCUGGGGUACACGCUGGCGCAGCUGGGCACGGCAACGGCCGAGCUGUCGGCGCCUCGGCGGGGAACCGCACCGGCGGCACCGUGGAGGAGUUCGAAUCCGAGGCUGUGGCGGGGGUCCAGAUCGUGCUGUCAGCGCCGGGGCGUGGCUGGUGGAGAGACAGCGCCGCUGGAGGGGUACGGACCCGUGCGAUGCGGGUUCCCGUCGUGGGUGUCGGCGGCGGACCGGAGUUGGCAACAGCUGCAGGUGGUCUCGGUCCCGUACUUGGUGGUGGCCAAACGGGAGCGACGGCAUGUGGAGGACGAUGAUCAAGCCCAGCCGAAACGUCCUCGACUCCGUAGUCCGUACACUGUUAUCGGAUUCCUACGCUCAAGAAUCAGCUUGCAUCGUUCCGUGCUCGGGCAGUUCUGCUGCCCCCGCCUUCCCCUGCAAGUUCUGUCAGUGUGGCCGCAGCCUCCUCGUCGGCUCUGCUCGAAGCAGCGUUUUGAUGCAGAGUCCAUGGCAACCGCACGCCGCCGUUGCUGCCGUGGCCCGCCGCUGCUGACGGUGGUGGCGGCUGUCUAUGAAGGCGAGACCAGAGAUCCAUUUUGCUGGCACAGAUCGGCCAACACAGGCAUGGAUGAACUCAGCAAAGUUAAGAUUCUAGCCUCCGGCGAGCAAAUCUGGGCAGGGACACGGCCCGCGAGCACCUUGCGUUCUGGUGUCUAA